AUGGCCCAACACACCACUAAGGAUAAACCUUUUAUUAGUGAAAUUGGAUUUGGAUUUAAAAGUCUUGCUUCAGCCUGGGAGGUGAAUUGUCGUGAAUGCUACCUAUGGACCGAUUCCACAAUUGUCCUAGGAUGGCUAAAUGCUCAGGCUGUUCGUCUCAAAGUGUACGUAGCAAACCGGGUCGCCCAGAUACUGGAGUUAACCGAUCUAAAACAGUGGCGUUACAUAAGUACUGAAGAAAAUCCCGCGGAUAUGAUUUCCCGGGGUAUUAGCGCAAGGUUCCUUAGUAACUCAGAGCUAUGGUGGAAUGGUCCGAAGUGGCUAUCUGACAGCGAUAAUGCAAGUAUUCAAGGAGCUUACUCUCCCAUAGAGGAAUAUAAUCUACCAGAACAACGUCCAUUGCAGUUGUCAUUAGUGAUAGUAGCGAAUAUCGAUAAGAUUUUCCAACACUAUUCUCAGUGGAAUAGGCUGAGAAAGGGCGUCGCCUGGUUGCGCAGAUUUGUUGAGUUUCUUCGUUCGAAGAGUUUAGUGUCUAAAACCAAGUACCUCACAUUGGCCGAAUUGAAAAAGGCUGAACAUUGGAUUUUAGUUAGGGUGCAGGCAAAAGCAUUUCCGGAGGAAAUAUCAGCAUACAAGGCCAAUAAAGACAUUUCACCAAGAAGCAAGUUGAAGAGUUUAGCACCAUUCAUGCGAAAUGGACUGAUCCUAGUUGGGGGCCGCCUUUCGAAUUCUGAUCCAACUGAAGAGCAAAAAUAUCCUAUAGUUCUUCCCUAUCAGCAUAAGAUCACGAAAUUGAUCUUUACCCACGUUCACCACGAGUUAUUACACUGUGGACCGCAGUUGUUACUUUCAGCCAUUCGUCAAGUUUAUUGGCCAUUAAAGGGCUGCCUGUUAGCUCGUUAUACUGUCCAUCGGUGCAUUCCAUGUGUCCACGCGAAGCCUAAGUUCCAAAUUCCAUUAAUGGCACCGCUGCCACAGCAGCGCGUUCAAUGUUCAAGACCGUCCAGCAUUACAGGCGUGGAUUUCGCGGGCCCAGUUAUGACACGAAGUGGUAGUCGUGGACGAGUUAACAAAAAGGCUUGGAUAUCUCUUUUUAUAUGUUUUGCAACAAAGGCCGUACACAUAGAGGUGGUAGAAGAUCUGACCAGUCAAUCCUUUAUAGCGGCUUUAAGAAGAUUUAUGGCUCGGAGGGGAAAGCCAAAAGAGGUGUGGAGUGAUAAUGGCACGAAUUUCGUCGGAGCCCGUAAAGAAUUGACUACAUACUUAAAGAGCAUAGAAUCCGGCUCUGUUGAAGAGGGCAUCUGA